CGGCGGCGCGGGGCGGCCAUGUCGGGUGCGGCGCCGGGGAAGGCGGCGGUGUCGGCGGCGGUGUCGGCGUCCGCUCGGCCGCGGCGGAAGGUGCUGAGCGCGGAGGAGGCGGAGCUGUUCGAGCUGGCUCAGGCGGCGGGCAGCGGGCUGGACCCGGAGGUGUUCAAGGUGCUGCUGGACCUGCUGCGCAUGAACGUGGCGCCGCUCGCGGUCUUCCAGGUGCUGAAGUCCAUGUGCGCGGGGCAGCGGCUGCCGGCGGGCCCCGAGAGCGCCCCCCCCGCCGCGCCGCCCGCCGACAGCCGAGGGAGAAAUAAAAGCAGUUCUGCUGUCAGUGGGGCCCAGGUUCUCGUAGAAAGGAGCGGCCGGGAAGGAUCUGCACAGAGGAUGCCUCGGCAGCCAAGUGCAAGCCGGCUGCAGAAAGCAGGAGCUUCUGGAAAGAACAGUGGAGGCAACAGUAGCUAAGACCUUGGCAACGAUGAAUUUUGAUGCUUGAAGAUGUAUAUAAGCCAUGCCUGUAAAAUUGUUUAUGUUGUAUCUAUUAAACUGGCAAACAUUAUUUGUAA